UUCCGCAUAACGUUCGAAUUGAUUCAUACGCAGAGAGCAAAAAAGGUACCUUCAGUUAAACAGAUAGACAUUUUUGUUUUGUGCAUAUCUUCAUUCUGCGCUGAAUAGUUUACAUCGUCACAAGCAUAAAAAUAUGAUGAAAGUUCACUGAAUGCAGUUAGGAUUAAUUUGGACCAGGUACUUUAUUAAAAGUGAUAACAAAACGGCAGUUAGUUUGGAAUUAAGCAAAUUACGGUCACAAUAAAUGUUUCUCUUGUGUAAUGGUCAUAAGAGCCUGAGUGAAUUUAAUACGUUUAAGUGAAAAUCGAUCGAAAUGAUUGAGUUCCAGUUUUCGUGAUAGUUGCUUUUGCAAAAUCAAAUGCAUUAAAAGAAGAAAAAUCGAUAAUAGAGAAAAAAAUGUCCAGAACAAGUUACUAUGGCUUAAACGGCUGAAUGUUCCAAUGCAAAGUGAAGUGUUUGUUGCUACAAAUCAAUUUAUUUCAUCAGAGGCACCAAUUAAAUUCGAUACAAUAUGAAAAAUAUGUUUCAAACGGAAAUAUCGCUAAAUUUUUAGGCGUUAUUAAAAGCCGUUUUAAUCUUUUGAUAUAAGGUACCUAAAAAAAUAUUGGGAAGAUAACAGUUGCACAGUUUACUAUGAAAACUCGUCUUACUACAUUAACAUGGCGAGGUUCAGCAUCCGUGGAUCCGCGGUUCUCGGCUGCAAUGCUACCUUGGUCCAUAUCGGAUAUCAGAAAUCAGGAAAACUAUUUAACUUUGUCUAUUGGAAUUGAUAAUGGUUAUCUAGAAGCGUAUAAUACGGAUUUCGAGCUUCAAUUUGUGCAUCAACUAAAAUACAUUCUCGGAUAUUGCAGGAUCAUCGUCAAACAGGAAAAGGGGAAGAAAAAUUCCGAUUUUUUGAUACCAAAAUCAAACAGUACCCGCGUUCUGCCGAUUACAAUUGGAAAUGACAACGUGGCAGAAAUUAGUGGGCCAGACUAUGGUUUAAUCUAUCUGCUGAAAAACCCUCAAGAUCCACUACUACAUAUACAUUUAUAUGAAUGCAAAAAAUUCGAACAGAUGGCAGAACUAAUGCAACAAAUGCGUGAGCCUGCCUCGUUUGGUAGCACAUCAGUUGGUAGUAUCCCGCAAAGUAUUGUGGCGGGUAGUGGAAACUCAAACGACAUCCAUAAAGCAUUACGUGGCCAAGAGAUUCAUUCAACCCCGGCGUCCAACUUAAAACUAUCGGAGCAAAUGCGGAAUGCACAUCACGACAACAGUCCGACGUUGUCCCAUAGUCAGAAUGGUGCUAACAAUUAUGGCCAGAUAUAUUCAUCACAAGGACGUUUAUCUACUUCAAAAAGCUUCUCUAGCGGGCUAAAUCAUUCGAGCAGUGGAGGAAAUAUCCAAAACAGUGCUAGCGUAUCUUCGAGCUUGUCUUCGUUACCGGAUAUAUCUGCCAAUAAUUCUCAAUUUUUUGAAGUGUUAUACGUUGGAAAAAUCAAAGUGUCACACAAGCGCGUGCCCUUCACCUUUAUCGAUGACGCACUGCCCAAGUUCAAAGCGUACGAUGCCCAGAAACUCAAGCAGCAGCUGGAGACGACACGUAAGAUCACCUCUGAUGAAAAGGCUGAAACGGAAGGAGACUCAUCUUUCACUCGGGCGCCAAUUUCAGUAACUGCCUCGGCUCAGGUGCUUAAAAACAUCAACGAAUAUGGUGAAUUCGCCAGCAAUGAUGAACGACCGGAUAGUUCGAUAAUCUCAGAGAAUAAAGAGAACGCUGUACCACAGACGUCUGAUGAGGGUGAAAUCUUCCGCGGUCGCCGGGUUAGUCACUUUGAUAUACCAACCAAAAAGAUCGAUAACGAAAUUGAGGUACCAUACACGGAAACUAGCGAUGAUAAUGAAGAAAAUUUACAAGCCCACAAUUUGAAACUAUUCAGUUCUUUACAACAAACGCCAUCGUCUAAAUCGUCUUCUGAUGGAGACGUUCCAAUUCGUCGUGAUCGGUCCGCAUCAAUCGGGUCGAUUCCUAUCGUGGAACAAAACCGGACAAUGGUGUUUCUAAUUGGUCAAUCUGAUCUAAGACUGAUUAGUCCUGAUCGCAAACAGGUGCUUCUACAUAAAGAAUUCCGCGACGUGGCUAGUUGUGCUCAGGGCCAGAAGAAUGCGGACCAUUUUGGUAUCAUUUGUCGUGAUGUCAAUAAUGACGGCUACAUUGGAUACGUAUUUAAAUGCCAAUCGGAAAACGUAGCAGAUGAGAUAAUUAUCGCAAUAUCACAAGCAUUUCUAGUGUGCUCGGAGCAAAAGCAGAAAAGUAAAGCAUCCGCUCAGAUAUACUCUUGUGAGCAUUGUCCUAUGUUGUGGUAUCAUAAAUUAUGCACGGAUAUCGAAGGAUUGAGUGACAAAAAAACACAGUACAUGUUGUUUAAAAGAAUUGAUACUACUCUGACCGAAGAAGAGCAACGUAUGCUUAUGGAGAAAUAUCAUGGAGCUGAAGAGGCAGCAGGACAUAGCAUUGGGGAACAGAACCAGUUUCUAAUGAUGCUGCUAAGAGCACAUUGCGAAUCCAAGCAGCAAAGGCAUGUACAUGAUACGGCAGAGAAUAGAACUGAGUUUCUGAAUCAGUAUUUAGGUGGUACAGGAAUUUUCAUGAAAGCAAAACGAUCCUUGACUAGUUCUUUCGAUCAUCUAUUAAAAAGGAGAACUAGUAAAGAUGAUUUCAGCGGAGGUUUGUCUUCCAUAAAAGAUUUCAACUCAUGCGGAGAUUUAAAGGGAGAUUUUGAGCCACAAUCAAGAACACGAGCCUCAACGGUUGGUUCUAGUCCUUCUUCAUCACGUAAAAAUUCUGAUUUGGCAGUGCAACAAGUAGUCCCGCAACUGAAAUCGCCUAUGAUGGAUAUAUUCAUUAAAGUAGGAAACAGUCCUAGAGAUAAUUCUAGUCAUGCUGGUUCAUGGCGACAGGCAAUGCUGCAUCGCGUUGUUACACCUUCUGAAAAAAUUAAGACAUCAGGUGAUGAAUAUAUGUCUCCUCUGCGUACAUCUCGGUUGCAAGCAAGAAAACGAAAUCGAAUCGAGUUACGCGAAUUGUGGCAAGUUGCUAUCAAACAAACAAUCAUUCUUAACAGAAUGGAGAAAGAAAAUGCUCAUUUGCAGGCGAAACAGAAUGCCAUAAAAUCCAAUGAAAUUAAACGAAUUAAGCUAGAAUACGAUGAAAUUACAACGUGCGAAAGAUGCGCCAUAGAAAUGUGGGAGAAUCUUCUAGAUGUGACCCCUACAAAAACGAUACCAGUGAGACAUGAUCCCAAGAAACUGUAUCAGGCGAUUAGAAAUGGUGUUCCUAGGACUAGACGCGGAGAAAUUUGGAAGUUUCUUGCACAGCAGCAUACUUGCAAUACCGAACCAGUGGAUAACGAUAGUUUCGCUAACUUUAAUACACCGUACCAUAUGUUACUGAAAAAUUUAACUGAACACCAACAUGCUAUAUUCAUUGAUUUGGGUCGCACGUUUCCUGAUCAUAAAUUCUACAAAGAUGCGCUAGGGAUUGGUCAACUUUCGUUGUUCAACUUGCUAAAGGCUUAUUCAAUUCUCGACCCUGAACUAGGAUACUGCCAGGGCUUGGGCUUUAUCUGCGCUGUUUUGUUGUUGCAUCUGGAAGAAGCAGAUGCAUUCGAGUUAUUGAAACAUCUCAUGUUCAAGCGUCAAAUGCGAGAGAAAUAUCUUCCAGAUAUGAAACAAUUCCAGCUACAGCUUUACCAGUUGUCACGCCUGUUGAAAGAUAACAUUCCAGAAUUGUAUGAUUGGUUCGAUCAGCAUGAAAUCUCUCCAACGUUGUAUGCUGCACCGUGGAUUCUAACUGUAUUCAGUUCCCAUUUCCCUUUGGGUUUUGUUGCACGUGUGUUCGAUUUACUAUUUCUAGAAUCGUUCGAUGUGAUAUUCAGAUGUGCAAUUAGUCUGCUGGAUGUUCACAAAGAACAACUUCUUCAGCAAGAUAACUUUGAGGAUAUAAUGAACUAUUUAAAAACUGUUGUACCAAAAAUUAGUCCUGAAAUAAUGGACAAGGUUUUUCGGAAUGUGUUCAAGUGCGAUUUCUCUCGGCAGCUGAUCGAAUACCAGGUCGAAUAUAAUGUCCUAAAGGAAGAAAUCAGCUCACAAAAUCACCACCUGGAAAAUCUUAAACGCGUCAAGGAUGAGAAUCAGCAGCUUGAGAGUCAAGUUCAGUUUGCUCAAUCAAGUUUGGCGCAAUUGGAUAGAACACGACAGACUCAGCAGAACCAAAUUCAAACAUUGCAGAUGCAAGUACAAACCCUAGAGAACACCGUCCAAACGCUAGUUAAGUAUAUAGAGCAUACUUUGGAAACUAAAUCCGAUGACGUUUUACCGAACGAAAUUUGUCGAAUUAUACAGCAGGUUCAAGAUCUGCAGCAUCAACAAGUUCUCCAACAAAAGAAACGUUCGCCAAUUUUCCUCGAUCGUAAAAUUGGUAAAUCAAUAUCAUUCAAUAGUAACCUAGGGCAUGCUUUAAAUGUACUGGAAGAAGGAAAUGAACAGGAUAUCGUAGUCGGCACUCCCACAAAGAAAAAACCAUUUUUCCAGAGCUCCUUCGAACAAAUUCGACUACAAAAGGCAGGGCUUAGGUUGAACAAACUAGAUGAAUGUCUUAGUCCUGAACAUGUAAACGAUCGAAAUACUGCAAGAAUAAAUACCAAUGACGAUAGCGGUAUUGCUACUCCGAUCAGCCCACAAUUGCAUGCUCCUUCGACGACGCCCAUGAUACCUGAUAGCAGACCGUUAGUACCUGCAGCAGAUAUUCAUCCUCUAAGUGGAGAUGUAAACGUACAGUUCAACGGAACGACUCAGCUCAAAUCUAUCAAACCCCGUAUACAGUCUCGCCAGAAUUCAAUUUCAUCAAUCGUGGGUAAUAUUGGCGACAAGGGUAUCUCCACUACAGAUCAAAAUAAUCGAAGUUAACAAUCAGUUGUUGAUCGGUGAAAAGUGAAAGUUAUGAGAAGAUAUUUUUUCAAUACUCUUGCAACCCGUUGGUGACGAGCUUUCAUUCUCGAACUAAGCUACGUAACGAUUGAUAUGCUACCUAUUGUCACAUAAACUUACGUCAUCAGCAUUCACCUAAAUCAAGAACCUUAAUUCGCCAAAAGCAUAAAACAAAAAAUCCCUGUCAGAAUAAACAAUCAAUCAAAUGUAAGCAGGUACAUCUAUGAAGUUGUACAUAUAUAAGUGAUGUAUCAUCGUCCACUUAAACUACUAAAUCUGGGAUAUGUAAAGAAUUCACGGCCAAUGGUACUUCGCGAUUAGCAUACUUACUUGUGAACAUAAAUCUAUGAUUACAAGGUACGCAUUCGAACAAACGCUGUACUUUUACAUCAUCACAAAAUAACAUAUAUUUACGUACGCAGGGUCAACCAAAUCUACUUAAACAUUGCUUUAAAGAAUAUUGUUAAUGUAACCACAGAGCGCAGUAUAAACAAUAAUAUAACA